AUGGAUCCAGGUGACCCAAACACUCCCUCCAAGAAGAAGGGCAAGUGUGCCUCUCUCCUGCAACAAUUUCCCGACCUCGAUAUCGGCGGCUCCAGUUCUGGCUCUCCAUCAUCGUCAAAGACUAGCAAGUACUCUCUCCGCGGUGGUCUCAAAGGAACGUUCAGCAAAGGCUGGCCGCCAUCUCUACGUCUUGGAUCGAGCGCUCCCGACUUCUCCGGCCAGACUUUCACGAUCGGCAUGAGCUCUGACUAUCGCUACUACGAUGAUAAGUGGCGUACCGACAAGAGUCUAAAGGACAAGCCUUACGAUGUCACUCGAGUCGGUAGUGGUCAAGGAUUGUCCUCCGGCCCAAGGCCAGCCCGUGGCUUGAGCUUGGACGAGACCUUCAAGAUGUGUAUGAAGAUAUUCAAUGGGGAGGCGUUCGAGUAUUCUGAGAGAAGCGCCGACUAUCAAGAGAAACUGAACCAGUGGGUCACGAGUGACCAGAACACCAACAAGAAUCCAAACUACAAGGAAGUCGUUCGUACUCGCCGCGAGGUUGUUCAGCACGCUGCUGCUUUGCAGCAUCUCAUUCAGCAAUUUGUUAAGGAGAACGAGCCUCUCUCCGAACAGCUUAUCAGAGACACCCACAAGAUCAUGAUGGAAGGCUUGAGUGGCGAAGAUGCCGGUGUCGUGGGUACGAAGUCCUUGGCAGGCACGUAUCGUGCCGCCAACCAGCAAGCAUACAUCGGCGGUGGCCAUCAAUUUCCAAAGCCCAGUGAGAUCCCAACCCAGAUGCAGAGCAUGGUAAACCAGCUGAAAGCUGACUUGGCUCAAGCCGAGCAGAAGGAUCAACUUGACCCUUUCGCGCUGGCAGCCAAGUAUUGCGAUCGCUUCGUUAACAUCCAUCCCUUCAAGGAUGGUAAUGGUCGCAUGUGUCGAUUGAUCCUGAAUGCGAUUCUGUUGAAGUAUGCAGGCAUCAUCAUGAGCUUGGGCGAAAAAGGCGAAGGUCGGAACGAGUACAUCAGCAUCGCUGUGGAGUCUCGUCAGUCAGGCGGUCAUCAUGGUCAGCUUGCCAGUAUGGUGUUGCACAAUGCGGAGGAGACGAUGAAGCGCUGGAAGAAGACGCUUGAGUACAAGAUGUCCAGGAAGCAGCAGUAG